AUGGGCGAGCUGCUAUCGCUCAUGAGUGCUACACCUAUGCUUGAGCAACUCGUCCUUGGUGAUUGCUUGAAGGGCCUCAACAGCGGCCCGGGACAAACUAUGCAGGUUACCGCCCGCAACUUGAAAUGCUUAAAGUUUUUCGGCUUGGCUGACGUGUUGCGAGAAGGGCUCUCCCAUAUCCAGCUUCUACGGCCUCUAACCCAUCUCCACAUCGAGAAUCGCAACCCAGACAUAACCAGUUUCAGCUAUUUCCUCCCGUGUAUAUCUACAUGGCAUAUUCCUAAACUCAACUCGUCGGAAGGUAAUCGCAGUCAGUAUGAACUAUCAUUGGCGAGAACACGCGCCUCCCGACAACUUUCGGACUCGAGUUAUAGGGUACGCAUCCUCGUCCCACAAGGGUGGGAUGCCACAGCGGAGCACAUCACCCGAGAACUUUGCGUAGAAACUGUGUUAUCGACGGCCGGUCUCCGCGAUAUUUUCCAAUACCUCUUCACCCUCCUCCCAAUCCGCCUCUUGACCUCUUUUACCAUAUCCACGGCUGGGUGGCAGGGCUUUGGCCUGAGAAGUACUCUGAAGAAUGCAACGUCCCUACGAUCCUUGUCCAUAGCCCCUCCAGACCUCGUGCAGGUAGCGAGCCUUCUUUCGUGCCGAUCCGUAGGAGACAUGCCUGCCCGAAAUCUCGAAGAGCUCACAUUAGACAUGGAGCUGCCUUCCGUUUUUAACCCGGGGCCUCAGCCUCAUGCGACGUUUACGGGACUUGAAGAGCUCCGGGAAUGUAUCCUUCUUAGGCGUGCGUAUGGCCAUCCGGUGCACAGAGUAGUCUUCAAGUACUGCACGCCUGAGGAUUCCUAUGCAUUCGCUGGCAUGCAGUGGGAAAAGGUCGAAGACCUGGGCAUCGAGCUGGUGUUCAUCGUUGAAGUGGGCUGCGGAAGAUUCGUUCAGAACGAGAAGUAUUCCUUGCAGUCUUUCCUUGCCUUAGCUAGCAGGGCCUAG